CGACCAUCCAUAGCCUUUGUGACACCAUACUGUAGAAAUAUACUUUCACCACUUCCAGUCUAAUACACCAUCUACUGUCAACGACAAUGGGGUUCUCGGUGUACGUGUUGUACGACUUGGAAUCAUCGAAAUCCUCAUUCUCGUCUUCUGGUCAAACUCAUCCGUCGUCAUCUCGGCACAUUUUUCGUCGUCCCGCCACAAAAUAUGCCUUACAUUCUCACUUUCUACAUCGUUUGCUGCUUUUUUAAUUGUUUGCAGGCUGCUAACCCCAGAAAACAGGGACACAGGCCGGAAGCUGGGUAUAGCAACCGCUCUGAUGUUUACGCUUCCAUUCAUUGCCUUCUAUAUUAUGAUGGAAAUUUGCAAAGAAAAGAAGAACCCAGAAAACUGGGCGGGGGCUGCGGCAAUUGUCACCACAAACCUUAUAGUUGCUGGGUACUGUUAUAUCGCAUACAUAGAAGACAUCGAUGACAACGAUGAAGACGGGCCAAGGCAGGGAGCUGCAAAGCAAAGAGUCGACUAGCUCUGAAUCGUGCUGUUUCUCUUCCUGCUCUUUCUAGAACAACCUUCAAGAGGAAAACAUUUGUUCCACCAUAAACGAUACCGGCAGUAACACGCAUGAUGUAAACCCCAAACACUGAUAAGUUUUCAUUUGACUGUCGUGUAGUAGUGAGGACCAACAACAUCGAUAAAAUGAUCGAAAAUAUUCCACGAAUAUAACAGAUAAAGAUAG